UCUCUCUCUCUCGGUCUCGAUUUCUGAAUUCUCACUAUAACACAAAUAAGAGGAAGCAAAAUCUAUUUGAUCUGGUUCUGAAGAUUUCGAAAAGAUGUCAUGUUUGGGUAGGGUUUUGUCUGUUUCCUACCCGCCGGAUCCGUACAAGUACAACCCGCGGUUUUCAGGGCAUAAACUACCUUCACUACGGCGUAAUCGGAGAUUCAGAUGGCGAGUCACGGCGUUCGAACCUGAAUCUUCUUCCUCACUCGACUCUGAUUCCUCCGCCGAUAAAUCCGCUGCCGGGUUUUGUAUAAUAGAAGGGCCUGAAACAGUACAAGACUUUGCGAAAAUGCAACUACAAGAGAUUCAAGAUAACAUUAGAAGCCGACGAAACAAGAUCUUCUUGCACAUGGAAGAGGUACGGAGGCUAAGAAUACAACAACGGAUUAAAAACACAGAACUUGGUAUCAUAAAUGAAGAACAAGAACAUGAAUUACCUAAUUUCCCAUCUUUUAUCCCAUUCUUACCUCCAUUGACUGCUGCCAAUUUAAAAAUCUAUUACGCAACUUGUUUUUCACUCAUCGCCGGGAUUAUCUUAUUUGGUGGUCUUCUAGCUCCUACUCUAGAGCUGAAGCUAGGUAUUGGAGGCACAUCAUAUGCAGAUUUCAUUCAAAGCCUUCAUCUACCUAUGCAACUGAGUCAAGUGGAUCCGAUAGUAGCUUCGUUUUCUGGAGGAGCUGUUGGUGUGAUUUCAGCUUUGAUGGUAGUUGAAGUCAACAACGUAAAGCAGCAAGAACACAAGAGAUGCAAAUACUGUCUAGGAACUGGGUAUCUAGCUUGUGCUCGUUGCUCUAGCACAGGUUCUCUUAUUUUAGCUGAACCAGUCUCAACUAUUGCUGGUGGGAAUCAUUCUCUAUCACCGCCCAAAACAGAAAGAUGUUCAAACUGUUCAGGUGCCGGAAAGGUGAUGUGCCCGACAUGUUUGUGCACAGGAAUGGCUAUGGCGAGUGAGCAUGACCCUCGGAUCGAUCCCUUCGAUUAAAUCUGCAACACUAUCUACUUCCUCAGAAUCUCGUUCUGUCAGUGUAACUAAAAAUGGUAUGUACUGAUGAAUAAUUACAACAGCAUCUUUUCAUCUGUAUAUACACACGCAAAAGAAGUUAAAUACAAUGUUAGUACUGUCUUCUCAAACGUCAAAACAACCUAGCUACACUGCACCAGCUAAAUCAACAACUCGAAACCUGCAUGAUGUGUACGUCUUGUGAGUUGUGACUUGAUGAAACGGCAUGUAAUGUUUGGUUUCUCCAUUAAGCAAAAAAAGCUUGUUUCCUGUUAA